AAUAAUAUAUAUAAUAUACAAUGAAGAUCUCGAAAAUGAGUUGUCUUAUGAUAGUAUGCAUAACCUUAUUUUGUGCUAACGUUACCGCAAAGGUAUACACGGAAUGCCGAGGGGAUGUCGAUGCUCUUGCCAGACAAUGUUACAGAUAUUUUGAAGAUUCGAGUUCGAAAGAAAAUCCGUCUCAAGAAUGUUGCAAAGUUAUCCAAGGUCUCGAUGUACCAUGCGUGUGCCCGUAUUUCCCUAAAAUUUUUCAGAGACUUCUUAGUAUCAAGAAAGCUCUCGCUGCUUUACAAUUUUGUGGCAACCCCCUCGCACCUGGAACUAAAUGUAGUGACAAUACAAUUCCACCAAGGACGGGUAAAGAUCGCCGUUGAUGAAAGAACUGAGUUAUGGUGAUCGAUCGUAUUUAAUAAAUUAUUAUAAAUGAUCGUAUUUUCACUUUAUGAUUUUUGAUGAGAUGUAUGCAAAUUGCAAGCCAAGUAUUAUAUCUUACAAAUAUUUGAGUCUCUGAAUUAAU